AUGGCUGGAAGGAAUGACGCUGCAAUGGCUGCCGCAAUGCAAGCGAUGGCACAAGCUGUGCAGAACUUGCCAAAUACUGGUGGAGAUGCUGGAUCACGUAGCUUGGCGACUUUUCAAAGAGAGAAUCCGCCGGUGUUUAAAGGGAAGCAUGAUCCUGAUGCAGCCUUGGGAUGGUUGAAAGAGAUCGAGAGAAUCUUCCGUGUUAUGGAUUGCACUCCAGCUCAGAAGGUUCGGUAUGGUACUCACAUGCUAGCAGUCGAAGCUGAUGACUGGUGGCUAGAGACUCACGAGAGGUUGACCGUGGCAGGUGAAGUCAUUACUUGGGAUGUAUUCCGUAGGGAAUUCAUGAGAAAGUAUUAUCCGGAAGAUGUCCGUGGUAAGAAAGAAAUUGAGUUCCUUGAGCUGAAGCAAGGAAACAUGUCUGUCACUGAUUAUGCUGCAAAAUUUGUGGAGCUGUCCAAAUUUUAUCCUCAUUACACUGGUGCUGGUGCUGAAUUUUCAAAGUGCAUCAAGUUUGAAAACGAAGACAAUAAUGCUCAUUACAAGAUUGUCAGUGACCGCAGGGGCAAGCAACAUCAAAACCGUGGCAAGCCGUAUGAUGCUCCAGUGGGAAAAGGGAAACAAGGAGCUGCUCCGGCUCAGAGGACUAGUAGAGGAGGUGCUCCUGCUGGUAUAGUUUGCUUCAAAUGUGGUCAGGCUGGUCAUAAGAGUAAUGUAUGCACUGCUGAAGUAAAGAGGUGUUUUCGCUGUGGUAAGACUGGCCAUGCAAUAGCUGAUUGCAAGCACAAGGAAAUGAUUUGUUUUAAUUGUGGCGAAGAAGGGCAUAUUGGAAGUCAGUGUCAGAAGCCAAAGAAAUCUCAAACUGGAAAGUUGUUCGCAUUGACCGGAACUCAAACCUCCAGUGAGGACAGACUUAUCCGAGGUACAUGUUUCAUAAAUGGUACUCCUUUAAUUACUAUUAUUGAUACCGGUGCUACACACUGUUUUAUUUCUGCUAACUGUGCUCGAAGACUGGGUUUAAAAUUGUCCGCUUUGGAUGGUGAAUUGAUUGUUGAGACCCCAGCUAAGGGAUCAAUAACUACUUCUUUGGUAUGUUUAAAAUGUCCUUUGUCGAUCUUCGAUAAAGAUUUCUAUGUUGAUUUAGUAUGUUUGCCGUUGGAUGGGAUGGAUGUAAUUCUUGGUAUGAACUGGUUAGAGUAUAAUUAUGUUCAUAUAAAUUGUCAUCAUAAGUCGGUGAGGUUUUCCACUCCUGAAGAGGAAGGAGUUGACUUAUUACCUUUCAGAGAAUUGCGAAAAUUGAUGAAAGAACUUAAAGAGGUAUUCGGGGAGGAUAAUGAGAAUUAUUACAUAGAGCACAUCAACGAAUUGGAUGGGGUUAUUCAUAAGAGGAACUUGCUUAUCCGGCGUUUGACAGAAUCUCUAGAUCAUCCUAAUACGGUGGCACUACUGGUUGAAGUUAGGAGCAGUCCUUAUGGGUUGUAUACAGGAGGCUGA